AUGGAAAGUGUCCCAGGAGAUUACAGCAAACGAGUGUACCAGGGCGUAAGAGUGAAGCACACGGUCAAAGACCUCCUGGCAGAAAAGCGAUCCAGGCAGACAAGUAACUCCAGGUACAAUGGCGGCGUCAGCACCCCCCAGCCUCCAUUCCCCCAGAUGCCAGGUUCACCUGUCAUGUCGGGUUACUACGGUGUCCGGAGAUCGUUCUUGUCUGACUCAGACUUCCACAGCACGAAGCCCUUCUCCAAUGACCUCUACACCUCCAGCGUGGCCAAGUCCUUUCCCUGCGAGGCCUCAGCGGGACAAAGCCAGUCCGCGCUGCUGGAGUCCUACUUGGCAGAGCCUUAUGGGGAGCAUCGCCCCCCGGCGCUGACCCCGACCUCGGGCUCCCUGUUCAGUGCCUCACCCCUGCCACCACUCCUGCCACCUCCCUUCACGGGUGACCCCACUCCUUUUGUGUUUAGGGACUCGUGGGAGCAGACUGUGCCUGACGUGCUCAGCCAGCCGGACCCCGCUGACAGCCUGCACACCUUGCCAGCCAGCUCCGGCUGCCUCACCCAGCUGGAAUCGGGCAGCAGCGCCACGCAGCAGCACAGGAGCUCGGGCUGGGGGGCCUCACUGGCGGGCGCUCAGCCCUACUCACUCCACACACUGGAGGAUCUGCACCACACACCGGGGUACCCCACGCCACCUCCAUACCCCUUCACCCCUUUCAUGACGGUGUCCAACGACCUACAGCCCAAGGCCGUGUCUCUCUCCCCUGAUGAGGAGUCAGACGCCUCUUCUCUCCAUGACCCUUCACCUUGGACAAAAGAAGAUGGGGCCGUGGCCUGGGGGUCUUAUGAAUGCCGCAGAGCUUACUGAGGGGUGGAUGCAAGGACUUCCGGGCUUUUCUUUCAAUCGCUUAGAUAUGCCAACUCAUUUGGCAUUGCAUUUCUGUAGAAGCCAUGAUACCACCCUUUGCCGAUGGACAAUGCCAUUAUUUUCUGAUCUUACCCACCUCCACCCCUCUGAAACACACCACAAGGUGGAUGACAUACGUCAGGGACAGAUGUUGACCUGAAAGAGACUCUGGGAGUGAACGGUGAACCUUGGUGUCCCCUUAUAGAUUCUGAAUCUCCUGUUGUCUUGCAAGUAUCACUUGGGGCACUGAUUUAUUUUUCUUAAAUUACAUUAA